AUGUCAACUAUAAGACCUUCCGAUCAUUUUGGUGAUAAUCCAGGUGAUCAAGAAGAUUCUGUGGACUUUGAAUUUUUCGAAGAACACCGAGAGUCUAUACCGGGAUCACUGAAAAAGAAUGACAACAAUAACUCAAAUUUAUUUAAAGCAAACAAUAAACUUUUGUACACUGAAGAGGAAGAAAAGAACAAGAAGGGGAAAGAAGAUGGAAAUAAUUGGGUUAAAAGUCCAACAUUUCACAAAUCAGUUAACAAUUCUGAUAAAAGUAAUAAAAAUAAAGCUGUAGUGAAGAAUAUUGACAGUGACUCAGUGAAUGAUGAUGACGAAGAAGAACAAUCAAUUUCAUCUGGCGAUAUUUAUAAUAUUCCUAGAAAUGAAAAUAGAAAUGUAACAUCUAGAAAUUCUCCAAUACGACAAUCACCAAAUAAAAAUAAUGAACGUAAAAAGCAAACCAGACCCUCAUUUCGUAUUGCUUCAAAUUCUGAUAUUUUUAAUAUGAACAAUGAAUGUAUUAAUGUUGCACAAAUUGCAGAUGCUUUGAAAAGUUUUGACAAAAAAAUACAUCGUUUACAUAUUCGUCCACCAUGGAAAGAUCCAAAUUCAAGACCACUUCCAAGUGAUCGAACAACAGCAUUUUAUAACAUGUACGAGGAUUAUUUAAAAUAUCGAAAUCAGCGACCAUUGUCAAGUUUAGGAUAUUCAACAACACAAUGUUUGAAUGACGAAAUAGCUCUGGAAAACUAUGAAUUAGCUAAGCGCUUACAAAAAAUUCGACCUACAACUGGUAUGACUAAAGAAGAACAAUUACGAGAUUAUAAAAAGUAUUUUAUUACACCGAACUCAUUGUAUCCUUAUUAUAAAUCUGAAUUUAUUUCUUAUCGAAAAAAUUCUCAUAUAAAUCAAAACCUUAUUAAAAAUAAAAAACAAAUUAAUACUUUAAAACCAAAUGAAUUCACAUCUAAAUCUGUAAAUAAUAAUUCAUCAUACAAUAAAUAUCAAACGAGUAAUAAUAAUGAUAAAAAUAAUUUGAAGCGAUCAAACAAAGAUGUUCAAGGAAAAAUAAAACUUGAAAAUUCUUAUAAUUCUGAAUUUAAACAUGAAUCACAUGAUUCACAUUCUUCUACAUUGAAUCAUCAAGUGAAAUAUUCAAAACAAUUCAAUAAAUCAAUUACUGUUAAACAACAAUCUUCCAAUAAUCGUCCAUCAUCAUCAUCAUCAUCAUCAACAUCGUCAAGUUCAUUUAAUUCAUCACCUGAAUUAUCAGUGAAAUAAUAAAAAAUUAUACUUUUGAAAUGAAUUAAUU